CCAAUUGAGUUUUUGCUGUUCAAUUGUUAUUUCGAGUAGAGGAGAAGAUGUCGGCGAGAAGGAGAGUUGGGGAGGAAAGAUUGUAUUACAGUCCACCAGCGAUGAGAAGGAACAACCAGAAGCAGCAGCAGCAGCUGCAGCAGCAACAACAACAAUCGAAGCUAACUAAGUCUUCGCCUUCAUCAUCGCCGGAAAGAAGAGGAUUUGAGUCAGAUUCGUAUUUGGAUCGGUUCUUGGAGCACACUACUCCUUCUGUUGCAGCUCAACAUUUUCCUAGGACAAGCAUGAGGUUGUGGAGAAAUCGUGGUAAUGGGUUCCAUCCGUUUUUCAUACUUGGGGACCUUUGGGAAUCUUUCAGGGAAUGGAGUGUUUAUGGGGUUGGAGUUCCUCUUCUUUUGAACGGGAAUGAUUCAGUUGUCCAGUAUUACGUACCAUCCCUGUCUGGUAUCCAGCUGUAUAUAGAUCCAACAAGCCACGUCAUGGAACAAAGAAGGCCUGGCGAGGAGAGUGAUGCAAAUUCAUCAAGAGAUACAAGUAGUGAUGGGGACUGUGAAAGUGGGACAAAUUCAAGGGACAAUAAUGCACGAGUGCCUUCAGCUAGCAACCCUCCUGGUCUGCUUAUUUUUGAGUACUUUGAGAAGGAGCUUCCAUUUCAUCGUGAGCCAUUAGCUGAUAAGAUGGCGAAACUUGCGUCCCGCUUGCCCGAGCUCAAAACUUACAGAAGCUGUGACCUGACUCCAUCCAGUUGGAUUUCUGUUGCUUGGUACCCCAUAUACCGGAUACCUGUCGGCCCCACUCUGCAAAACGUCGACGCCUGUUUCUUAACGUUUCAUUCUCUCGCAAAACCCAUUAGAGGUGGCGAACGGAUACAUGACGCCAAUAGCAAGCUUUCCCUCCCAACUUUUGGGCUCGUUUCAUACAAAUACAAAGUCUCUGACUGGAAUGGGAAUGGAGUUUUCGAGGGCCAAAAGGUCGAUUCGCUCUUACGGGCAGCUGACAACUGGCUCAGGUUGUUGCAAGUCAACCAUCCCGAUUACAACUUCUUCAUGUCCCACAACACUUACUGGCGAUAAAAGAAAAUUAUGGGCUGUUGGGUGAAAAGCAUGAAGCUGUAUGCUUGAGAAACUUUUAGAAAUAUGCAAAGUGGAGUUAUUCUUGCAGCCAAUAUAGGAUGCAGAUAUGGUAACUAUUUCAGAAGAUGAAAUGUUUUUCACUGGCUGUUGUUUUUGUGCCUGGACUAUUUUCUGAUGAUGACGAAUAGUACAACAUGAAGACAGCAUCUUAGCUUUCUAUAUAAUAUGCUCAAGCAUAGGAUUGUACAUUUAACUUGUUGAAAAAUAAUUUAUGCUUUUAUUAGGUUGUCAAUUUGAAGUUGUGUGUUGCGCUUAGCCUGAAGCAUUUCUUGUUUGCUACCCACUUUCCUG